CGCUCCCCAUGGUGCCAGCAUCAUCGCCUCCGUUUGACUUGGGAUUUGUUGUCACGCGCCGCCUUCACGGAUUGCUGUCCUCGUGGCCGGAGCUCAAUACUUUACUCGCUGCUCUUAAUACGGUAUUUGUGGGUAUGCAAACAACAUAUAUCCUAUGGACGUGGCUAGUUGAAGGCAGACCUAGAGCAACAAUCUCUGCGUUAUUUAUGUUCACUUGCCGUGGGAUUCUGGGUUACUCCACUCAGCUUCCAUUGCCAGAGGAAUUUUUGGGGUCAGGGGCGGACUUUCCAGUGGGUAAUGUAUCGUUUUUCUUGUUUUUCUCAGGCCAUGUUGCAGGGUCUGUGAUUGCAUCAUUGGAUAUGAGAAGAAUGCAGAGGUGGGAAUUGGCUUGGACAUUUGAUGUGCUUAAUGUUCUGCAAGUUAUUAGGCUUCUUGGUACUAGGGGUCACUAUACCAUAGAUUUAGUUGUUGGUGUUGGUGCUGGUAUUCUCUUUGAUUCACUUGCUGGAAAAUAUCAAGAGUGCAUACGAAGGAAAUCAAUUGCUGCUAAAGAGGCUUUCUUUAGUUAGAGAAUGGCACAAGGUUCCGAAAGAAAUACGAGUGACUGGUAGGUGGUAGCUUGCAGGAAGGUAAAAGGGUCUGUGAAGUGCCAUAAUCUGGAAAAAAAAACAAAAAAAGGUGUAGGGAGAGACAGAAAAUUGUCAGGCCUCGCAACAGAGGACCUAGAUGAGGGGUUAAUGCCACUGGGUUUGUUUAAUGUAUUUUCUUCUCCAUGACCUUACACAAUUUUAAUGAAGUUGGCAGUAUUUUGUUCA